AUGGAUGCUAUGAAAAAAUUUAAAGAGAUGAAGAACAUGGGAGGAAAAGAAGUUAAGAAAAGAAGAAAAAACAAAAAAGAUCCACAUGCACCUAAGAGGUCUCUUUCUGCAUAUAUGUUUUUUGCGAAGGAAAAGAGGGCAGAAAUUAUUAAUCGAGACCCAGGAUUAAGCAAAGAUGUUGCUACAGUAGGGAAAAUGAUUGGGGAAGCAUGGAAUAAGUUGGACGAACGAGAAAAGGCACCCUAUGAAAAAAAGGCACAAGAAGAUAAAAUAAGAUAUGAAAAAGAGAAAGUAGAGUAUGCUAAAUCGAAAGUGAAAGCAUAA